AUGCAAACCGCUAAUUGUUUCAUUCUUUUCUGUGUCAUCCUUAUUGUUUUGCUUGUCAAUUCUGGCAAUCCGUUAUUAGCAAAUGACAUUUCCGUUAUGAAAGAUGAUGGAAGUACAUUAAAUACAGAUAGUGCAGUUUGUAUGGCAUGCAAAAUGACGGUGAUAUUUUUCAGAUCAAUAUAUGAACAGAAUCGAACUCGAGAUUCAUUAAUUGAUGUUGCAGCAUUUAUUUGUCAGUACUUUACACGUCGUGAAUCAUUAAUAUGCUAUAGUUUAGCUAAACAAUUUCGGGAGGAACUUCUAUAUGUUGUCGAAAAGUUAAUUCUACAACCGGAUGCAUUAUGCUCAAUGUUCCUGAAUGAUUGUUCAAAUUCAGGAAUGGAUACAUCAAUAUGGAAUAUUACAUUACCACCAAAAUGGCCAGAUCCGAAAUAUCCGACUUAUCCGGCUAUGAGAGAGAAUAAUUUACGAGUCUUACACAUCACCGAUUUACAUCUUGAUCCAGAAUAUGCUCCAGGUUCAGAGGCUAAUUGUAGCAGUGAACUUUGUUGUCAUGCGCAAUCCGAAUCAAAUGGAUCAACAAUAAUGCAGAAAUCCGGUUACUGGGGUACUCCUGCUGUAUGUGAUAUACCGUAUCGGACAGUGGAAAAUAUGCUGCAAAAUAUUCAAAAACUUGGAAAGAUUGAUUAUAUAUUGGUGGGUGGUGAUUAUGAAUCACAUAUGGAUUGGACAUAUACCAAAGAGGAUCACUUGAAAACAAUUCGAAAUCUUUCAGCAGUUUUACAUAAAUAUUUUGAGAAUACACCGAUCUAUUGGACACUGGGUAAUCAUGAAGGUGUUCCCGUUAAUAGUUUUGCACCACAUUAUAUCCCGGAGAAGUAUCGUCCACAAUGGUUAUAUGACGAAUUAUUGCUGUUACAAAAACCGUUGCUGCCUGAUUUAAAAUCAAUUGAAAGUGUUAAAUACCGCGGCUGUUACACAGCACAGCUUUAUCCUGGAUUACGGCUUAUAUCAUUGAAUAGUGGUUACUGCGAAACAUCCAAUUUUUGGUUACGUAUCAAUGAAACAGACCCGGAUGGUACUUUAAGCUGGUUAGUUAUGGAACUUAAGCAAGCUGAACAUGAUGGCCAAUAUGUUCAUAUUUUAUCACAUAUACCACCUGGUGAUAAUGAAUGUCUUGAAAGUUGGGCACGAAAUUAUUAUAAGAUUAUAGCAAGAUUUUCAAAAACGAUUCAAGCGCAAUUUUUUGGCCAUAUUCAUGUGGAUAGUUUUACAGUAUUUUAUGAAAAUAUGAAUGAUGAUUCAUCAAAACCAAUUAACGUUCUUUAUGCAGCACCGAGUGUGACAACAUUCAAGCAUCUUAAUCCAGCUUUUCGAAUUUAUGAAAUUGAACCUGGCAUAAAUUAUCGUGUAGUCAACUUUCACACUUAUUUUUUAAAUCUUACAAAAAUUGGAAUGAAUACUACUACUUCACCAGUAUGGGAACUAUUAUAUUCAGCAAAGGAAGAAUAUGGCUUAAAUGAUUUGAGUCCAGUAAGCUGGGAUCUUUUAAUCAACAAAAUUAUUUACGAAAAAUCAAUUUACAGUAGAUUUGUCAGGAAUAGUAUUCGUCGUGAUAAUUUUAUUUGUGAGAGAAAGUGUCGCUAUAAUUUGUUGUGUAAUUUGCGAAAAGGACAUCAUAAUAUGACAUUGUGUAACCAUUUGCCAUUCCCGAGAAAUUCGAGAAAUUUCAAAUCGUAUCUGUCCUAUAAAUUACCCGGAACUGUUGACAAUGUUGGUAAAACAACACUUACCAUAACGAAACAACAACAACAACAACAAUAUGCUAAUAUUAAUAUGCUAUUGAAGAAGAAAUUACGAUCAUACAUUUUGAAACGAUUUUUUCAAUUAUUUCUACUUUCUCAAAAUUAA